CCUCACUCCUAACACUCAUCCAUAGAUUCCACCCUAAGUGACCCUCAAACCCACAAUCUCCCCCAUUUUAUGACCCAGCCCCAAACUCUCCCGAGUACCUCUCUCUCACCCUACAUCCCUCCCUCUGCUCAGUCUGGGCCCAGGCCUUGUUUCCCUGAAGACAUGGAGUUUGUGUCUGGAUACCGGGAUGAGUUCCUUGAUUUCGUUGCCCUCCUCUUUGGCUGGUUCCGCAAGUUCGUGGCGGAGCGCGGGGCCGUGAGAACCAGCCCGGAGGGUUGCUGGUGGCAGCUGGAGGCUCAGAUCAGAAGGCUGCCCCAGGACCGCGCCCUUUGGGUGCUCCACGUCUUGCCCAACCGUAGUGUGGGCAUCAGCCUGGGGCAAGGGGCAGAGCCAGGCCCUGCACCAGGCCUGGGGGCUGCCCGGCUCCUGGGAGACGAGCCCCCACUCCACCUGCGGGACCUAAGCCCCUAUGUCAGCUUUGUCAGCCUGGAGGAAGGGGGAGAGGAGGAGGGCGCAGGCACCGAGAAAGUAGAAACAGAGGCGGAUGGGAAGCCAGCCCCUACCAGCAGGGAGUCCCCACGGGAAGCAAACCCCCCAGGGGAGGCAGACGGGGCCCAGCAGGAGGCAGCAGGUGGCGAGGUCGGCUGCCAAGAGGACAGAGCGGAGGACAAACCAGGGCCUGAGAGAAGAAAGGGACAGAGAAGUGAGGCGGCCCCCCUGCACCUUUCCUGCCUCCUACUGGUGACGGAUGAACACGGCACCAUCUUGGGCAUUGACCUGCUGACGGAUGGAGGGCAGGGGAGUGCAGGCAGGGGCUCAGGGACACAGAACCUGGCUCCUCGGGCCUAUGCUCUCCUCUGCCACAGCAUGGCCUGUCCCAUGGGCUCUGGAGACCCCCGAAAGCCCCGAAAGCUUACUGUGGGAGACGCCCAGCUGCAUCGGGAGCUGGAGAAUCUGGUCCCAAGGCUGAAAGUGAAGCUAACCAAGACCCCGAUGCGGACAUGGGGUCCCCGGCCCGGCUUCACCUUUGCCUCCCUUCGGGCUCGAAAUUGCCAUGUUUGUCACAGGCAUAGCUUUGAAGUGAAGCUAACCCCCUGCCCCCAGUGUGGCGCUGUCUUGUACUGCGGAGAGGCUUGUCUCCAGGCUGACUGGAAGCGAUGCCCAGAUGAUGUGAGCCAUCGAUUUUGGUGCCCAAGGCUUGCAGCCUUCAUGGAGCGGGCCGGAGAACUGGCAACUCUGCCUUUUACCUACACCGCAGAGGUGACCAGUGAAACCUUUAACAAGGAGGCCUUCCUGGCCUCACGAGGCCUCACUCGUGGCUACUGGACCCAGCUCAGCAUGCUGAUUCCAGGCCCUGGCACCCUCGGGCACCCAAGGGGCAGCACACCAUCCCUCAGCGUUCUUCUCAAUGGAGAUCCCUACCAGCUUCUUCAGGGGGAUGGGCCUGCUCUGAUGCCUCCUGUGCCCCCAGAUCCACCCAGGGGCCUCUUUGGCUCGUGGCAGGAUUACUACACAUGGCGGGGCCUCAGCUUGGACUCCCCCAUGGCUGUGCUUCUCACCUACCCGCUGACUGUGUACUACGUCAUCACCCAUCUGGUGCCCCAGUCCUUCCCUGAGCUCAACAUCCAGAACAAACAGUCACUGAAAAUCCACGUGAUGGAGGCUGGGAAGGAGUUUGACCUCAUCAUGGUGUUUUGGGAGCUCUUGGUCUUGCUCCCCCACGUGGCCCUGGAGCUGCAGUUUGUGGGUGACAGCCUGCCCCCUGAGAGUGACCAGCAGAAUUUUACCCUGCAGAGGGAUGACCUCGAAGUAUCUGUCCGUCCUGGUUCCGGGGUAUCAGCACGGCUAAGCUCUGGGACUAAGGAGAAGGGGGGCCGCAGGGACCUGCAGAUCAAGGUGUCUGCACGGCCCUACCACCUGCUCCAGGGGCCCAAGCCUGACUUGGUUAUCGGAGGCCCUGGGAGCCAGCUUCUCCUUGCUCUCCUUUCCUCCGCAGGAUUUAACUCUGGCUUUGGUCUAAAGGACACUUGGCUGAGCUCGCUGCCCCGGUUACAGUCCCUCCGAGUGCCGGCCUUCUUCACCGAGAGCAGCGAGUACGGCUGUGUGAUGGACGACCAGACCAUGGCGGUGGCCACGGGAGGGGGCACCAGCCCUCCACAGCCCAACCCUUUCCGCUCCCCCUUUCGCCUCAGAGCGGCGGACAACUGUAUGCCCUGGUACUGCAACGCCUUCAUCUUCCACCUGGUCUACAAGCCUCCGCAAGGGAGCUGGGCCCGCCCGGCGCCAGGGCCCGCGCCUCCCGCCCCAACUCCUACCGCUCCUCCCGCCCCCGCCCGUAGGCGCCGAGGAGAAAAGAAACCUGGGCGGAGGGCCCGCCGGCGGAGGUGAGGGCGGAGAGGUAGAAGUCCACCCCCUCCCCUAACACGCCUCAGAAAGGAACACGAAACCGGCGAGGCCGAGGGGGGAGGCCAGUUGGCAGAACACGAAAGGUAAUUAAACUUACUUGUUUGAAACCACUGAGUCAAACGCUCAUAACUGGGUCCUUAAAUGGAAAGAGGAUUAAAGGAUUUACGGAUGACAUUUUCUUCCAUUUUUCUUCAGUUCCUCGAAAGCUGUCCCCUCUGGGAUUCUGCCCUCCUGGGUAAUCCCAAACUUCUUCUAAUGUGUGUGUUGACAAGGCAUUUUCCGGCCCCAGUAACAGGCAGGGACCGGAUCCGAGUCAAGCAAGACCAAGAAACAGAAAGUGGCUUCUCUCUG